AUGAUCAAAGCACUUUAAAAUAAUUAUAAAUUAAACAAGCAAGUAAAUUAAGAUUAAUUAUAAGAAUGCAUAAUCGAUCUCAAUAAAAAAUGUUUAAAACAAGUGUGUGAAAUUGAUUCCAAUUAUGUAAUCUUAACAUUACAUCCACCUCAGUUAAUCUUGAAAUAACUCAAAAAAACAAUUUUUAGACAAAAUUUCACGCUUUUAGAAUUUUUACACCUCUGUUACAUGUUAUAGAAAGUUUAAUUAGAAACCUUCUUGAUAAUGAUAAAACUAUAAAAAUAGGAUGGAAAGUAUAGAUUUGUGUAUGAUUUUAAUGAUUUCCCUUUAUCCAAUGAAUUAAGUUAAGCAUGUCUUAGAAAUGGGUUACAAGCUAAGAUUAAUAAGUCAAUUAAACAUGAUUUACAUUAUUUUAAAUUAGAAUAUGUGCCAUUCAAAAUAGUAAUCUAUGAUCCUUUAGAAAUGAAGGAAUCUGAGAUGCCCUUAGACUUUAAUGUACUUGAAUAGAUAAUUAUUCAUAAAUUAAAUGUAGAAUUUAAGAUUUAUUGA